AUGGACCACGUAGAUUCAAAUUUCAUCCACAACGUAGACCACAUGCAUUGCGAAACCUAUGCGGGUGGUGCGGCCGGACCACUGGUAGACGGCGUGAUGUUUAAUCAGGAGGAUCAGCCGUUUUCCGACACAGCAAAAAAUAAUCUGGAACUCUGCGAGACGCGGGUAACAUCAGUGGCAUCCAGAGUACACUACUGCAAAGCAACGCAGACCGGUGCCAAGAGUUCUGACGAAUCUGAUUAUGCCGAUUUGAUAUCCUCGAUGUUUAAAGAGGAGCUGUAUGACUAUAAAGCAACGCAAUCCGAUGCCGAUAGCUCUGAGGAAUCCAGUUCUGACGAUGUGAUAACCGCGAUUUACAAUGAAAGGGCAUGUGACAAAAAAGCACUGCUCACCGAGGCCGAUAGUUCUGAGGAACUCGAUUAUGACGAUCUGGCAGCCUUGGCUUACAGUAAAAAAACACACGACCGCAAAGCACCGCAAACCGGCACCGAUAGCUCCCAGGAAUUCAAUCACAGCGAUAUGAUAACCGGUGAAGAGACUACUUUUGACAAGGAAGCAAAGGAAGAAACGAAAUUGCCAGAAUUGUGCGAAGACGAAAAGCUGCAAAUUCUUAGCAGCUCGAAAUUCCAAAAAUUUUGCAACGACGCCUCGCUUCUUAUAGAGCGAGAGAUUGUUGCUUCACAGGCAAUCUUGCACGUUGUUAAUUUUUGGUAG